AUGAGCUUAUCUAAUAUCCUCUUGAGAAUCUUCCGCUCUACCAGUUCUAGUCUCAAUCAACACAAGGGGAAAUACCUUCUGGAGUAUGUUUGUCGACAAUUGAACUUAGCAGAGAAGGAUUAUUUUGGACUUCGUUAUGUAGAUGCCACACGACAAAGGCACUGGUUAGACCCGGCAAAGUCUGUGAUAAAACAAGUCAAAGAUAUGGAUCCUAUAUUGUUCAGCUUCCGUGUAAAGUUUUAUCCACCAGACCCCUUCAGACUGAAGGAGGAAAUAACUCGAUACCAGAUCUACCUGCAGCUCAAGAGAGAUCUCCUCCAUGGACGCCUGUACUGUACGCCGUCAGAAGCAGCCCUGCUGGCUGCUUAUAUAAUUCAGUCGGAGUUGGGUGAUUAUGAUCCAGAAGAGCAUGAAGAUAAUUAUGUCUCAGACUUCAAACUGUUAUUAAAGCAAACACCAGAAAUUGAGGGAAAGAUAAUGGAGCUGCACCAAACACAACUCAGAGGGCAGACACCAGCACAAACAGAAACCAAUUUUCUGAGGAAAGCCUGCCAGCUGGAUACAUAUGGUGUUGAUCCUCAUCCUGUAAAGGAUCACAGAGGAAACCAGUUAUAUCUUGGGAUAAACCAUUGUGGUAUCUUAACAUUCCAAGGCAGUCGCAAGACACAUCACUUUCGUUGGAGUGAGGUUCAGAAAAUAAACUAUGAAGGGAAAAUGUUUAUUGUUCACCUUACAUAUAAUGAGAAAAAACAUACAGUUGGUUUCAAAUGUCCUACUGGGGCAGCUUGUCGCCAUGUCUGGAGAUGUGCCAUAGAACAGAUGCUUUUUUUUACACUUCCCUCGAGUUCUGAAGCACCUUCAGUGGUGACAGGUGGCAGUUUCUUUUCCUGGGGAACAAAGUUUCGAUACACUGGUCGAGUUGAGAAAGAAAUUCUUGAAGAUUCUGGUCCACUGAGAAAGGAAGAGCCAUCAAUAAACAGGAAUUUUCGCUCAUCUAGUUUGCGGCGGAAGGCUUCCAGUGUUCCAGCCACUCCUUCAACACCUAUUGGCUCGGAACUGGGGUAUGGAAGUCUCCCAAGAGCCAAUCAUUCUGCGCCAACCUCAGAUGCACGACUGGAUGCCAGCGGAAAUAUUUUGUGUGGAUCUGAUGUUCCACUUUCAUCACCUUACUGCACAGACUCUGCACUGCCACUUCUCGAGACUGUUGCUGAAGAUCAAGAAAUAACAGGGAAGCAUCGGUUACAAGCUGAGGAUAUUGAUGCAUUUAUUAAGCAUGAAAAAAACCAAAAUUCACCAUCACGCACUUCUACCACUCAAUGCAUGGUCCCUUGCACUUCCACACCCAAAGGAGACAUUGUUUAUGAAUCAAAUCUGGAUAAUGGGUUUGAAAAACAACAGAAAGCAACAGAAGAAAAGAAUGUAACUGACGGCAUUAAGGAACCUUUCCAACACAAAUUAGGUCUGAAGGAUGGUGAAAAUGUGCAGCAUGGUUUUGAUGACUAUUACUUCCGCGACUCGUUUGAGCACUCGUCAUCGGAGUCACAACUAAUGGAGCUUGGUCUCAAGCAGACACACCUGGGUACAACACCCACCAGGACACAACCUCCACCUAUACAAGCACCUCCUACCUCUUCACAGGUGGGACUUGUAUCAGCACAACAUUCGGGUGGCACUAAUCGUCGAUUCAACAUUUUUCGUGUGUUUGUGCCAUCAUUUCUAGUUGUUGUGGCAUCACUAGUUAUUGGUACUGUGUUUAUACUCGAGCUGGACUGUGAAACAUUUAGCACUCUGCGGCGAUGGCCAGAAAUGGUAGUACUGCGGCAUGAUUAUUAUGAACCUAUGAAGGAAUACUUCCGGAGGCAUUUUGUAGGCUGGUUAUCGUAGAAUAACAGUGAAACUUUUAUUGUUACCUGUGCCUAGGGACUUUGACCCACACCUACAGUAGUGGUGCAAUAAUGACUGUACCAGACAGCUGUAACAUGCAUGUAUGUUUUCUUUGGAAAUGCUUUUUCUGUGAGACUAACAGCGAAGGGAAAUCUGCAGGGAUACAUACUGUCCACUCUGUACGUAAAUGUAACUGGUUUCUAGUGCAAGACUUUCUGAAACAUUUGGGAACUUUUUUACAUAUUAAUAAAUGUCCUCCUUCACAGCUUUUAUGGGACUUCAAAAUAACUAAUGAACAGUUUUUUAAAAACGCUGAUUUAAAUUCUCCCUGUGCGCCUUCCGUUACUCCUCAAAGUGCCUGCAACCACUGUUGGCAGUGGUUAUUCCAUUUCUUCUUGCCCCAAAUUUUUGUGGUAUCUUUCAUCAGAGUAAUACCUAUUUACAUAUUUUGUUACCAUACAGCAUUAAUAGGAACAAGUACUGAUGGGGCCAAUAAAAAUGUGGCCUAAGUAAUGCUGCUGUUGCUCUGUAUGAAAUUUAUGGAUAUAAAAGAUUGUGCUUUCACAUAUAUCACAUUGUCAAUUAUAAAUGAAAUCUUUGUUAUUUUUAAUAGUUUUAAAAAAUGGUUGGUAUAACUGUGUAACAGAGAUGCAAGAUUUUGUUUUUAAAUAACAAACACAGCCAAAAGGCUUGUUUCAGAUUGAAUGACACAACUGUUUCAUUGUUUUACUGAAUAAUCAACAAAAAUCUAUGUUAUCAUCAUGAUAUUUGAUGAGGUGCACAUUCCACAUUAUCACUGUUAUAAAUAAUGGACUUUUAAUGUAUCUAACUGUGAUCCAGAAUUGAAAGUACAAAAUGUACUGCACGAAAAGGAUGUUUUAAGUUUUAAAAGUCUAAUGUAAUGAAAUUUUAUUUAUCUAUUUAAUCUGUGUUCAAACAAGGUACUCACUGAAGAUGAUUUCAUGGCACAUUCUGUGUUCUUUAAGAAAGAAAUGUAAGGAAAUGUUUUAAUGUAUACAUUCCAUAAGCAUUUUAUUGUAUUAUCAUAAAUGUAGAGUUACAUUCCUUUAUUUUUAAUAAGUAGACAAUGACAGUAUAGCCUCCACCUCUUCCACUCUUCUUUCAUUCAGGUGCUUUCUGCUGUUUAUGGAAUUGAGUGCAGCAAUAAAUAAUACAAAUUUGGAAUGAAGGUCAA